AUGCCCAAAAACACUCUCCCCAACCCAAACCGCUACAUCACCACCAACAACGACGAUGGCACAUCCAUCUUCACGCAGACCAUUCCCGAAUCCCUCCCCGUGGUAAACAACCUCAACGGAGCACUCUUCCGUCUAGGCUACACCACAAACCAACCCCCGGUGGAACUCACCAACAACACCGACCUCCAUCUCUACGAAACCUCCCUCCAAGAGCUUCCUCCCCUGGUCCCUCAAGGCGGCGGUGCCAAUGUAUGGUACAUUGAUACGCCCCCCGAGUCAGAGAGUCCCCUGCAUCGAACCGUGAGUCUGGACUUUGUCAUCCAGAUCACAGGCGAGAUUGAACUCACGCUGUCUUCUGGUGAGACGCGGAUCGUUAAGCCGGGGGAUUUGACUGUUCAGCGAUCUACGUUGCAUAAAUGGCGGAAUCCUAGUAAGACAAAGUGGUCGAGGAUGGUUGGGGUUAUGGCGGAGUGUCGGCCUGUUGUUACUGGGGAGGGGAGAACUCUUGGGGAGGAGUUUCCUGGGCAUUGA